AUGGAUAAAGCGACCGGCAGUGAUGGAACCGAAAAGCAGGAGGAACUGGAUCAUUUAGAUACUACCUGUGGCUUUUCAAUACUCAAGGGGCCUCGUCUUCAGAGAUGUGCCACGGCGAGCAUGUUCGUGGUUAUUUAUGGGAUGGCUUGCUGCUUUCUGUCCAUGGGUUCAUCAUAUUACUCGGGAACUAUUUCCACAAUGGAAAAACGCUUCAGUAUACCCAACAAGGUAACCGGAAUAAUCGGGGUGGGCAGUGAAAUAAGCACAGUUUUAUGCUCAGCCUCCUUGAGCUACUACGCCAGUAGAGGACAUCGACCGCGUUGGAUUGCUUUAGGAUUCCUUAUCAUUAUCCUCUUCUGUAUCCUCAUGCUAACUUCACACUUUUUCUACGGACCCGGCGAAGAGGCACUGAGACUGACGGAGGAGUACGGAUCAAGUGAAUUCGUCAACACUAUUUUAAACUCAACUCAAAAAGACGACUCCCUCUGUCACAAGAAAGACUCGAAUUGCAUAGAGGACACUUCGGACUAUAAGCCAAUAAUCCUGUUUUUCAUAGCCCAGUUUAUCGGCGGAAUUGGAUGCUCAUUCAUCUAUGCCCCGGGGCUAUCAUAUAUGGACGAUAAUCUAUCGAAAGCCAACUCCCCUCGAAUGCUGAGUUUUUCCACUUUCCUGCGUAUGCUGGGUCCGGCCAUGGGCUUCUCCAUGGCCUCAUUUUGCCUGAGCCUGUACAUCGAUCCCUUCAAGAAGCCGCUGAUUACACCAGAGGAUCCCCGCUGGAUGGGUGCCUGGUGGCUGGGUUGGUUUCCCAUGAUAUUUAUUCUGCUAAUCGCAGCGUUUUUUGUGGGCAUCUUUCCCAAGGAAACGCCUAAAGCCAGAGUCAGACGUUUGAAAGCGGCCGAUAAAGGAGAGAUGGAUGCUGCUAUAGGGGACCCCUCAUUCCAGGAUAUGUUUGACUCCCUCAAACGAUUAGCCUCCAAUAAGGUGUACGUGUACUACGCACUUGGCUCCAUAUUCUACUGUUACAGCUACAUGCCCUACUGGAGUUUCACGAGCAAGUAUAUGGAGAUUCAGUUUCGCCAGUCGGCGUCCACAUCCACCUUGGCUAUGGGUACUUGGCCGUUUGGAUUCUCCGCCGCAGGUGUUUUAAUCGCAGGAUUUAUAAUCUCAAAGUACAAGCCGAGUGCCAGGACAAUGGCUGCCUGGAACUUCGUUUUGGACUACAUCAGAGUGGCUGCACUUAUAUGCUAUGCCCUAGUGGGAUGCGACGAGGGCGACAGAGCUAACUUACUGACCAUCAUUCCAUCUGGCGACUCUUGCAGUGCAUCCUGCGAUUGUGAGUUCGUGUACUACGCACCUGUUUGCAGUUCGGAAAAUGUGACCUACAUCUCGGCCUGCCACGCGGGAUGCACUGAAAAGGGACUGGACGAUCUGGGAAGAACCAUUUACACAGGCUGCAAGUGUUUGGGUAGCUUCCUGAAUCAAACUCUGAUUUCUAACGAAACAUCUCUGGUAUCCCAGUCUCCGAGCGUUGUAGACGGAGCUUGUCCGGUGAACUGCGACCAGCAAUUCCUAAUCUUCCUGGCCGUUAUGUACCUUUUGCGGUUCGUAAGUGCCACAGGAAGUUCCAGUAAUCAGCUUCUGGCCCUUCGAUGCGUCUCUACUAAAGAUAAAACUUUUUCCAUGGGCUUCAGCACUAUGAUGUUAACCGUGCUCGUCUAUAUUCCCGGUCCCAUUAUCUCCGGCUGGAUGUGGGAUAGCUACUGCUUGGUCUGGGGAAAGACCUGCGGAGUUGAGGGAAACUGCUGGAUAUACGACUCCAGGUCCUUGAGGUUUACAAUAAAUCUCGUGAGUGCCUUUCUUAUAUUCCUGGCAAGCUUCUUUAAUUUUGGAAUAUGGUAUUAUGCUAAGGAUGUAAAGAUUUUCGAUGAAGAGGAGACUUCGGCCACUAGAUGCCAGGAUGAAGUAUUAGAUCUUAAAGAUAAACCAAAUCCCACUAAUGCCGAUAAGCAGGUUGAUUAAUGAUUACAUUAAAGCUUUUUCCUUGCACCAAG